CAUCAGUCAUCAUAUUAGUCUGUGGUCGUACUCGUCAUUUUAAGUUAUGUUCUACCGGUUCAAUAUAAAUAAAUAGAAAAAUAUACUAAUAUAAUGUUACACAACCUGAAGAAGAAAAGGAAUGUCGUGAUAAUAACUGUUUUCACGACAAGCUGUUUCUUUUUAUAUCAGUUAUACUUUUUCUUUAAACUUUCUUCCGAAAAUAACGUCAACAGUAAAAUUGUACCGGUAAUGGAUCAUGAAAAAGUUAAACAUCUGGUGCAUUUGCGGUCCGAACACGAUAAAUAUAUUAACGAUAAUGGUUUAAUUCGAGGUGUAUAUUUUACAUACAUCAGAGAAUAUCGUCCUGAUACAAAUAAUGAAUUUAAGUGUCGGAAAACAGAACAAAGAAUACCGUUUGAGAAUUUAAACGAUGACUUUUGUGAUUGCGAAGACGGAACUGACGAACCGAGCACUAACGCGUGCCCAAGUGGCAUUUUCUACUGUGAUACACAAUUCCCUAAAGUUACCAUAAACUCUAUUCCAUCAAGUCGAGUCAAUGAUGGAAUUUGUGACUGUUGUGAUGGUUCUGAUGAGUGGAUGAAUAAGUCAAAAUUCCUGGGACACAAAACAAAAAACAAUAUUAGACAUUAUGUUUCUAAGUGCCUGAAUAUUUGUAAACGGACAAGUUAGCUCCUCUAGAAUAUGUAGGAUUUAUCUAAAUAUUAACCUCUGACACCCAGUGCAAAAUAUUUAAUUGUCAAAUUUUGUUUGAGCAACAGAAAUUUAAAAGGCAUUUAUUUUCUCGCAAUUGAUUCCUUUAGAAUUCUUUUUGAUGUUAGUUCUAAUAACUACUAGAUACUACUACUGCUUCGGAGACAAAUGGCGCUCUGAGAGAGAAGAAGCGGCGCAAGAAACUCCCAGCAUUCUUUUAAAAAAAAUUAUGAUUAAAGGUAAACUUUAACUGUCGAUUUUCUCUUAAUUUUAAUUAAAAUAAAUCCUUUUUAUUAUGAUGAUGUAUUUCCAAAAUAAACACUAAAGCAUUGUU